UCACUAGAAAAAUCAAACAUCAUCCUCCCAAUUAGAAUUGCUCCCAUAUUCAUCUUCUUCUUCUUCCUCCUCCAUUGACCAAUAAUGGCUCUUGAGAAUUGCUUACAGGUUGGAAGAAUUACAGCCACUUGCAGAUCAGUUGGUCUUCCACCCUCUCACCAUUCUUCUUCAUUCAAAGAAAAACUCCUUUUACCCACUAACAAGAAGAAGUUCAACUUCAGCAAAUCAUCAUCCCUCAACCUAACUCCCCGGAGUGUUCCCUCAACCGUCUGCAAAGCUCGUGAAGCCAUAAACGAAGUUCAAGUGGUGACAGAUUCAAGCUGGGACAAACUUGUUCUUGGAAGUGAAACCCCUGUUCUGGUUGACUUUUGGGCACCAUGGUGUGGGCCGUGUAGGAUGAUAGCUCCGGUUAUUGAUGAACUUGCAAAGGAGUAUGCUGGAAAACUAUCAUGUUACAAGCUUAAUACCGAUGACAGUCCAAAUAUAGCAACAAAGUAUGGGAUAAGAAGCAUACCUACUGUUUUGUUCUUUAAGAAUGGAGAAAGGAAGGAGAGCAUCAUUGGAGCUGUUCCAAAAUCUACUCUCACCACCACAAUAGAGAAGUACAUUGAUUCUAGUUAGCUUAAUUUCAUUAUAUCUGAAUUUAAUUAUCAGAUCCCCAAUUGUUAUUUUUAAUUACAUAAAACUACUCUUUUCUCU